AAAAAGAAGUAGAAGAAGAAGAAGAAUCAGGAAGUAAAAGAAGAGCAGUAGUGAUCCGAAGUUCUUCAAACUUUCCCAGAAAGAUUUACUAAACAUCCGGAAACAACAGGGCUUCCCACCGGAACAGAGACGGAACUGUUGGGCGGAAACCGUUUGGCCAGUCCAGAGGAGACGAGUCUAACAUGGAUGCCAAGCAAGGAGCUCAGGGACUCUCUGGUGGACAUGUACAGAGGUAAAGAACUGCUACUACACAUGUACAGAGAUAAUCCCAAAGUGAACGAGGAGCUGCGGCAGCGUCUGCCCUCACCUGCAACACAACAACUCAGCAGCCCUGACAGAUCUGGGUCCCACCUGAGCCUGGACCAGACUGACCCUCCUCGGGGCCCUCAGCACCUUCCAGAGCUUCCGUCUUCCUGCUCUCCCUCCCCUCUGUCCCACAGGAGCUCUGUCUCUCCUGUGUCACGCCUCUUGCACUGGAGGUCUGUCUCUCCUCUUUCUCCUUUGUCCUCCAGACCUCCAGGAGGUGCAAGGCCCAUGGAGCUGGACCUUUCCCCCAGCCGAGGCCCUUCUCCACAAGCAGAGAGCUGCGGAGACAGCCCUGAUAGAGGAGGAGCAUCCAGAAGUACUGGUAGUCCCGCUCUCACAAGACACCUGGUCAGCCCCGACGACAGCUCUCAUCGUGAAGUCAUGUUUGGUCCAAUCACAGCGUCCGAUCGACUUCAGAUUUUUGAUCGAGACAAAAACAUGUCGUUUUUACUGAAAGAGCUCGACAAUCUGAGAGGGAUGAAUCAAAAGCUGCAGGAGGAGCUGGUCCAGAAGGAGAAAGAGCUGCAGAGGAGGGAGGUGGAGGAGGAGCUUAGGGAGGAGCAGAGGGAGGCCCGAGGCUGGGAGAGACCUGCAGCCGUGUUGGAGGAGAUGUUAGCUGCUCAGAAGGACAGAGAUCAGGCUCUGAUGUCACGCCUCCUGCUGGCCAAUGAGGAACGAGAUGAGGCUCUUCUUCGUGCACGUCAAGUGCAGCAGGCCGCUGAGGUGGAGCAUAUCCCCCUGGAGGACCCUGACGUGGACGUGGACGAGCUCCUUCGCUGUGUUUGUGAUGCCGACUCUGUCCAGGAAGUUGAGCGGUUCGGUUCAGUUCUGGUUCAGCAUUUACAGUUGGCAAAGCAACGGAGAAAUGACAUCACCGCUCAGGAGAUGAAGGCUGUGAUGGAUGAGAGAGACUGCUCCGUCGCCAAGUUCGCCUACAGAGCCAACGGGUCUGUAGACGACGCAGUCAACAUGACCCUUCACUUCAUCCUCCAGCAUCUGGACUCCCCAAGAACCUACGCCAGGAUCCUGUUCGUGGACUUCAGCUCUGCUUUCAAGACCAUCAUCCCGUCUCUGCAUGACAAGCUCUCUCAGCUCCACGUGCCCGACUCCACCUGCAAGUGGAUCACAGACUUCCUGUCUGACAGGAAGCAGCAUGUGAAGCUGGGAAAACAUGUUUCAGCCUCUCGGUCCAUCAGCACCAGUUCCUCCCAAGGCUGCGUUCUUUCCCCUCUGCUCUUCUCCCUGUACACCAACAGCUGCACCUCCAGUCACCUGUCCGUCAAGCUCCUGAGGUUUGCGGAUGACACCACCCCCCUCGGUGGGAGACUAACCAUCUGGUGACUUGGUACGGUCUGAACAACUUAGAGCUCAACGCUCUCAAGACAGUGGAGAGGGUUGUGGACUUCAGGAAGAAUGCAGCCCCACCCGCCCCCAUCACCCUGUGUGACUCCCCCGUCAACGCUGUGGAGUCUUUCCACUUCCCGUGCUCCAUCAUAAUGCAGGACCUCCAAUGGGAGCUGAACAUCAGCUCCAUCACAAAGAAGGCUCAGCAGAGGAUGUUCUUCCUGAGGCAGCUGAAGAAAUUAAAGCUUCCAAAGACCACAAUGGUGCACUUCCACACCUCCAUCACUGAGUCCAUCCUCUGGCCCGCCAUCAUUGAGUCCAUCCUCUGCUCGUCGAUAAUUGAGUCCAUCCUCUGCUCCUCUAUCACUAUCUGGUACGUUGCAGCCACUAUCAAGGACAAGGGCAGACUGCAGUGUAUCAUCCACUCUGCAGAGAGGGUGAUUGGCUGCAAUCUGUCGUCCCUUCAAUGCUUGUUUCCUUUCGUGAACCCUGAAGAGCAAGAAAGAUUGUAGCCAACCGCUCUCACCCUGGACACAAACAGUGUAUACAUAUAUGCUCCACAUAUCUGGAACAAAGUCCCUGAAAGCUGCAGGUCUGCUGAAACCCUCAACUCCUUUAAGUCCAGAUUGAAGACUUUUCUUUUUGCUGUUGCCUUUAAUUGAACAGAUUCAAGGAUAUCAAUCAAUUUAUGCAUCUCAUUACUGCAUUUUACCUUUGACUCUCGGCCGCUCUUUGACUCUCUGACGUCUUGUUUUGAUGUCUUCCAGUCCGGCUUUCGUCAGCACCACAGUACUCAAACGGCUCUUGUUAAGGUUUUCAACGACAUCCACUGAAACACAGACAGUGGAAGAACUUCAGUCUUAGUAUCACUAGAUCUCAGUGUGUAUAUGUGUGUAUAUAUGUCUUAGUAUUACUAGAUCUCAGUGCUGCAUUCAACAGGGUUGACCAUGAUAUACUACUAGAUAGACUAAAGUCUGGGUAGGACUCUCUGGCACAGCACUUAACUGGUUUGAAUCUUACUUGAAGGACCGACAAUACUUUGUGUUUGUAGCUAAUUACACAUCAGAGCUGACUAGGAUGACAUGUGGUGUUCCCCAAGGUUCAAUACUAGGGCCUCUUCUGUUCAAAAUCUACAAAGUGUGUUAUCAUAAUUAUGCAGACGACACAUACCUAUACCACAUAUACCUAUACCUAUACCACCAGGCGAAUAUAAUGCCGUACAAGGGCUGGGUAAAAUAACUAUAUCACCAGGGGACUAUAACCCUAAACCAGGGCUGGGUAAAUGCAUUUAAGAAAUCAACAACUGAUUAUGUUGUUGAUCACAUCAGUCUAGUUCUGAGGUCUUUGCACUGGCUUCCUGUCCAACAAAGAACUGGUUUAUGAAGCACUGAAUGGUUUAGGGCCUAAAUACAUGUGUAAUCUGCUGCUACCUU